AAAAAAAAGAAAACGGAUACCACUUCCGCCUUACUACAUUUUUAAAGUAUAAAAUUUUAUCGAUUUUCAUCGUCUGUCUGUAUAGGGCAAUGGCUGGAGAUAUAGUUGGCAAUGUAAAAUGAACUAACAAUGCAUGAACUAUUUGCAAAAGUAUUAGCUGAAAAAGAUCUGUCAAAGGCAGGAGAUUUGUUUUCUCUGGAGGACAAGGACAUCAAUGAUGAUUUGGGAGAUGUGCUGGUAAAGAUCCAGGAGAUAGCAGAUACACCCGGCUAUAUAGACAAUGACAAUGAUCAAAGUGUAGUGGAGAUAUGUAUCACCAGAGUCACAUCAGCAAUAAGGGAGAUGCGUACCAUAGAGCAGCACAUAGAAUCACUAGUAGGAUGCCUUGAGUCGUGUCUUAAACACGAGCUCAAGCCACCCACUAAGGAUGAAGACACCCCUCAUGCCAAAAUUGCUUCAGACAUAAUGAGCUGCAUUUUCUUGAACUACAAUCGUAAGCUGGUAAUGUCUAAAGCAAUUCCAACUGCAGUAAGGUUUCUACAGGAAGGAAGCAGGGACUUGAGUCGCAAUAUGUCCAGCUAUCUCUCCCUGGCUGCCAUUGACAAUGCAGAACUUCUCUCCCCACAUCUGGAGCCAAUCAUCAACAGUAUUAUACAAGGUAACAAAGCAUUGACACGAGUUCUGCCCCAAAUAUAUGGUGAUAACAAGGGACCAAUUAAUAGACAUAUUGGUGACCUUGUUGCAAUACUGGAUGACUGCGAGACUUCAGAGAGAACCAGUCUUCUACAGCUCUAUGGACUCAUAGCUAAACACAAACCUUCAUUGUUGGAAUCCUACAUCACCCAACUAUGUGUUGCUCUAAAAUCUUCUUCCACAUCAAAUAUGGUGCUACAAAUAUUUGUUGACAUGGCAACAACCAAUGGUGAGCCAUUUGUCAGUCACAUGAUCACGUUACAAGAUGUUGCUUCCCAGCAGCCCCAGGUGCUAAGCUUAGUUGCAAGGAUUGUUGGACAGACAGGAAAACUGAACAAGAUGCAAGCCAAUGAGUCCAUCAAUUACCUGGUGUCUCAGUUAUCUGGUUCUGACCAGAACACACUCCCCAUUCUCCUAAAAGAGCUUGCUAAUGUGUCAAGUAAUCACCCAGAGAUGCUACACAGUCACCUCUCUGAGAUCAGUUUGUAUUCGGAGAGCAGCUCAGCAGCUACAAGAGUCCUUGUGCAACAACUUAAAGAUUCAGCUCUCACCACGUCAUCCGGUGGCAAGGAGAUGAAAUCUACAAGUUGCCAGACAGAUGGUACAGUUACAGUUAUUACAGUGGGUAAUCCCCCUCCUGCCAAUGCUUGGGUAGCCUCUUUGGGGAGUACCACCUCUGAUGUCGCAGUUGGGCAGCAACCAUCAGCCCCAUCUAUGGUGAACAGUACACAGCAGACCACACAGACUCCACCUGUAAUGCAUAUUAGCAUGAACAUUCCACAAAAUACAAUGCUUCAACCUCACAAUGGAGGAUUCGUGCCUCACAACACAGGCCAAGCACCUCGCAAUGCAAACAGUUUGCCACACAAUGCAGUCACUUCCUCUCACAAUCAGCCCACAAGACCCCAUGUCUACACACGAUCCCCUAACCACCGGGAUAAACGACAAAGUAAUCCUAAUAUCUACCAUAGAAGCAACUCAAACAGUAAUAUUGCCAAACGUAUGCCCAGACCUUCAAGCACUGGACCCGAACUGAGACACAGAAUAGACAGGCCCCACAUAGAGCGACCACACAGCGUCAUGACAACUACAAGUACACACUCAGCAGGCAGCUCAUCCACCAAUCAUAGUGCAGUUGACCCAGUUCUGCAUUUCUGUGAGAGGCAUAUGGAUAAGAUUCGUAAUUACAUCAGUCAUGUAUCUGCCCGCAUUCCUGAGCCAGUAGUGUGUGUAGUAGAAGAAAACAAACACCACAAGCGAUAUUUGAAAUUGAGUUUCAACUGUUCAAUGUCACGGCCUGAGUGUCUUUACAGCCAAAAUUAUUUCAUCAUGAGGAGCAAACUGCCAAAACUCUGGAUACAUCUGAAGUUUCUCGCUCUACAGGCAAGCGCUGAAAGGGCUCUAAGUAGGGACCAUGCUGAGGUGCAUACAUUAAAGCGAAGCUGGGAUGCUUUGAAAACUGAUGGGAGUAACACAUUCACACGUGUUGUAACUGCAGCAUUUCCUUCGCUUAAGGACCAAGAACUGCUGAUCCAAGAAUUAAAUCAUGAGAGAUUCUUCGAUGUGUUUGAGUAUGGAGGUAUUGAACUUAAAAUCUGGGGCUGUUUUAUCUGUAACCACCCUCAGAAGUAUACUGACUUGCUCCAGGAUGGUAACCCAGUUAUAGAGGGCCAAUUGAAAGAGAAGAGAGGAAAGUGGAAGUUUCUCAAGAGAUGGAAGACGAGAUACUUUACAUUGUCAGGGGCAACCAUGACCUACAACAAAAAAGAUUCAAAAAAAGAGACAUUUCCAGUUCGAGAGAUCAAAACUGUCAAAGCAGUAUGUAAAGGUACCAGAGACAUUCCACGUGCUUUUGAAAUCUUCACGCAUGACAACACGCAAUAUGUUUUUAAACCAAAAGAUGGAAAGAAUGCCCAAGAUUGGGUACAGUGUUUGAACAUUGCUGUGGCUCGAUCACAGAAGCCUCGCAGUAAGGAAGCAGAAUUACGAGAGAGUUCUCAACCUGAUACGACAAGAUCACAACGAAGGGAGCAACAGACUAAGUUGUAGUUUAAUAAAUGGUCUAAUAAAUAUUAUUUCAGAACACCCAAGUUAAAAAACUGAGCAUCUUUGAGGUGGGCUUUGGGAUCCUUAGUUUUCAGAUAUCAAUGUGGGGCAACACCAGGGGGUGCCACUGUCUUUCAAAUGCAAUGAUACUGUAUAUUUAGUUGAAUCAUUUCAAAUUGUAGAUUUAUCGGCUUGUCUGCUACUUGUAACAUAUAUGUAUAUUUGUUUUAUAUUAAAAAACGUAAGCAAAUAAUGAGAGCUAUAUAUAUGUAUUUAUCCAACUGAUAGGGAUAUACGUAAAUUGGGAGUGUACCAUGUUUGACGACACCUGGAAUUAUUUACCAUAUGCUCUCAGAUGUCCGUUGUUUACUUAUAUGUUUCGACAAAAAGAUCACCAAAAUAUAACAUGAUUCGACUUUUGUCAGGUGAAUCAAUUUAAAGUCUUUCAAGACCUCACACUCAUAUUUGAUUUGCUUGAAUGUAAAAUGCAAUGGCAUCUUACACUGGAAAAGUAGCAUUAUCUUCCAGAUCUUGCAAUAAGCUUUUGCAAACUUAAAUAUUGAAGUCAAUUAUUUUUCAUAAUAAUAAUUUAAAAUGUAGUUGGGAUACAUUAUUUACAAUCCCAUCUAUUUUCCAAAAAAAAAAGAAAGAAAGCUAGAUAGACAGGUUGAAAUAAAUUGUCUUAAAUAUUGAUUUAUUCUCUAUUAUACCCCUACCCUCAAGUGCAGUACACCUAAAAAAGGGAUAUGAUAUUUAUCAUCUUUAUCUAGAUUCAAGACUGUAGAAGAAGUUCAGUUUAUCAGUUAUACAAUACUGUGACACAUAACUACUUGUUGAUUCUGCCAUAAUUAGCUUUUAAAGAAUUAUUGCUGUCUCAUAAGUUUUGCACUAAAUUUUACAAUAUUGAUUGUGUAUAAUGUAAUGUAUGCGUGGUAUCAGUUCCUACAAAUUUGAAAAAAUCAGUGGCACUAUUUUUGAAUUUUCACAUUCAAAUGAGUAUGUAAUUUGUUUAAUCAAUUGUGUGUAGAAUGAGUGCGAAACUUUUGAGAUAUCCCCUUAGUCAAUGAGAUAAAUUCAAUGUAGCACUCAUUAUUUCCAUUCCUCAUUAUUUUCUUGGGGCUGUUGCUAAACUACUGUGCAGUAUACAUGUACAUACAUUUAUUGUACUUUAUUGUAAAAUUGUAUUUCAUGAUAUGAUAUUAACAAAGACAAUGGAAUGACAUUUGUAAUUAGCUGUUUAUACAUACAUAUUUUAUAAAGAAUCUUCAUGAAGCUAAAUAACAAAGAGAUCGAUCAGUUUUAUUUUACAAAUGGUUCGUUUUAUAUGAUGAAAGGGUUAUUUAAUUGGGACGUCUGGAGGUUUAAAGCACAUGUGCUUAUAAAUACAUGUGUAUAUGUAUUAUGUAUUCCAAAGGAUAAAUCCUAUCCAAAACUGGCUAUUAUAUAACUAAUUUAUCCCUUCAUUAUUAAAAUGACAGUCGUUCAUCAUAAAAUAAAAACAUAGCACCAUUUGGCAGGCUCACGUGGUGAAAAAUUAAUUUAUUCAAAAACAAGAAACACAAAAUAUCUGGGACCAACAAUGGUAUAAAGUAUUAAAUAUUGACGAAUGGACAGACAGAAGGA